AUGCCUCUGUAUGAUUGUAUGCUGCUGGUGAAACCCCAUGUAAGGAAGGAGGCUCUGAUGGACUUGGUUGCUAGAGUAAGCAAACAUGUUUACAGAAGAAAUGGAGUUCUUACUGACAUGAAGUCAUUUGGCACUGUUCAGUUGGGCUAUGGUAUUAAGAAGCUUGAUGGCAGAUAUUAUCAGGGUCAACUAAUGCAAAUGACGAUGAUGGCUACACCUAACAUCAACAAGGAGCUGCAUUACUUGAACAAGGAAGAUAGAUUGCUGCGCUGGCUUUUGGUUAAACACCGAGACACGAAGUACGGACUGGAAUUUCUUAGUGAAGAUGAUGCAAAAAGUGAAGUCAGUAGGUUUCAUCCGAGCAGCAUAUAUGAUGAUGAUGAGGAGGAGGAGGAUGAGGACGAGGAUGAGGAUGAGGACGAGGAUGAAUAUGAUGUGGACCAAGGAGGAAAUCCGACUGAAGGGUAA